AUGUCUAAUCGUCUAACUUCACGUACAUUUGCUUGUAUUGCAGGGCAAGCUUUAAGAAGGCAGGCCCUGCUUAAGCCCUCAGUCGGUCUGUUAAGAUUUCAGUCUAAAAAAUCAGAUGGCGAAGGUGGUGAGGAACUAUCGACUCCCAAGAAGCCUAUAUCAUUUGCACAGCGUGGUAACACCGAGGUACUUCGUGCCCUGAAAGCGGAUUCCGAAAGCAAGGAAAAGGAAAAACAGACAAGUCAGCUGUCUUCCAGCAAGUAUAUGCCAGUUGAUAAGCUUCCCAAACCGCCUAAGGACAUUCUCGAUUUGCCCUUGGACCACUUCUACGCCAAAGUAUACAUGAGAGAUCUUCCUGUCAGACCACAAAUAGAUUCAGGCAAGUUUCUGUACAAGUUCGAGGUGCCCUCGAGGUUUGUACGUCAUAAGCAUCACGAGUUUCCUGCUCUAGAAAACGAGAAGUCUAAGGAUAUCAACGAAGAAAAGCAACAACACAGCGCAUUUGAACCGGCAAAUAAUAUCCUUGAGUUCAAGGUUGAUUACAACACUAACUCAUUGAUACGCGUUCCUGAGCACCCUUUGAAGGAAUCAAUAACAGGAAUGUUCGUAUCGAAUCCACUCAUGCAUAAUCUUGAUAACGAUUUCCUUUGGGACAUGUACCCACAAGGCAAAUCUUACGGUAAUGCUCCCUUCGGAGGUGACGCAUCCUUCGAUGGUUUCAAAAAUUGGGAGAACAAGGAGAACGACAAAGUCAAGCAGAAAGAGUUACAGUUCGAAUCUAAAGUCAAAGAGGUCAACGAGUUCAGAGAAACCCUCAACGAAUCCAAGUCCUUCUACAGAAAACAAACUGCCUCAAUGUCGACAGACGUUCAAAAUGAAAAUCUGACAAAUAAAGCAGGUGGCAGACGUAAGUUGGACCGGGGACUUCUCAAGCAAUACCGCAAGUAUAAAAAGGAGGGCUUGUUUAAAAAGAGAUUCAAUAAUGAUGGCAACAAAAACGGUAACUUUUAA